ACAUCUGGACAAGCUGGACAACAUUAUCUGCCCCAAGGCUGAGCCAGGACGAGACUAUGAGUUCUAUAAGCUGUACCUGGUCAGGAGAGAGCAGGCGGAGGGGUGCAGCACGGUCAUGGACCCCAACGUACUGGUCAACUGUAACAAGCCAGAGAAGGACAUCAAGUUCACCAUCAAGUUCCAGGAGUUUAGUCCCAACUAUAUGGGCCUGGAGUUUAAGAAGAAUAUGAAUUACUACAUCACAUCCACGUCCAAUGGUUCAGUCGAAGGCCUGGAGAACAGAGAGGGAGGAGUCUGUAAGACCAGGGCCAUGAAAGUUAUCAUGAAGGUCGGACAAG